UUUUUUUUGUUUCAAAUGAACGAAAUGAAAUUAUUUCCUUGAUCGAUAAAAUAUUUAAAAUUAUCUUGAUACUAUUUGCGAAAAGUUUCGAAACACAGGAAUGUAUUUAUACUUUACUAUGAUCAUAAUUCUUUUUAUUGUGCAUCGAUUCUGUCGAUUUAAGAAAUUCAUUAAUAACUAAAUUACAUCAAAAUGUUAUGUAUGUUAAAUUUGUUAGAUAACAAUAAUUCUAGAAAUUGAAAAUGAUGUAAUCUUUGAGCUUUCGUACAUUAGUUAGUUCAUUAGUAACGUCUUAACUAUUAUGACUCACAGUAUGCACGAUGCACUUCAAUACUGCAUUGUUCGAAAAAGAUACUCUACUGUAUCAAACACAAAAUAUAAUUGACCAUAAUGAUACUAUUCGUUUAAUUCUUACAAUAAAUUAUAUUUUUUCAUUAAAAUCGCACCGUCAUCACAUUUAUUAUAAAUCGUUAAAAGGAAUUCUUUUUAAAAAUCAAUUCACAUAUUCCAGUUUGAUCUUCGUUUCGUCUUCGUUUCGAUUGUUCAGCCAGAGUGAUUUUGACAUUAUUGCAUGUAAUUUAAAUGUACCGUUCACACAUUUCCGUUCAAUCUCAGUUCAGUCAUCGAUGCGUAAUACAUCGAUGCAAAAUCCGAGAUCAUCAUUAACAACGUUUCUUUUUUUAAAUGAUUGAUGAAAUUCUAAUAAUAUCUAUUAUCUGUAGAUCCAAGAGAUUUUUGAUUGCUCCAACUAUUUCUAUCUUUUAUACUCUUGACGUUUAUAGAGUAGCAUUUUUAGAAAUAUCAAUUUUAUACCGUUAUCAAUAUCACAUGCGCAAUUAUUAUCAUUCGUUUACAUUGAUAUUUCAGUUGUCAUUUUAAUAAAAUUAUCUUUCGGUCAGUUAUAAUACUAGGAUAUUUUGUGAAAUAGAUCUUUGAAAUCGAAAUUUUCUUCUCUAAAUCUCGUAAAUCAUUUUCUACACAUUGAAUCAAUUAUAGUAUUCUCUUUAUGCAGAAAUUUUUUUCACGUGUUCGCUACGAAUUUUUGCCUUUUCGAUAGUAAAAAAAAAAAAAAAAAAAAAAAAAAAAAAAAAGAAAGAAAGAAAAAGAAAAAAAAACACACAUAUACAUAUGACGAAAAUGUUUUCUAUUUUCUGACGUGUUUAAAAUUUUGACGUGUCCAAAAAAUGUUACAAUUAAAUUGAUCAUAACAAACUCUUAUUAAAAUGUUAUCUGAAAUAAUAUAUUUUAUCAAAUGAAAAAAAAUAUUUACGUGUGUGAAAUUGUUAUUAAUGGUACAGAAUAGCGAUGUUUUGCUAAUAAGCAGACAAAACAUUGCAAUUUAUUAAAAUUCCUUCAGUUAUUAAAAAAAAAAAUUUCGUUGACUACGAUUUUUAUGAUCGUAAUUGAUCACCGUAACCGAGCGAAACGUAGACGAAACAUUGAAUGAACUGAAAUGUGUGAAUUAAUAUUUUUUAACUUGCAACCUUUGGCCGGGGAUAAAGGAAAUUUUCGAUCACUUCGUCCAUUUUCACCUUUUAUAUUUUCAACGUACACAAAGUAAAAUCUACGCAUAUUGAAUCAAUACGUGUGAAUAUAAAUUAUUAAAACUGAAUUGUGACAAAACCGAGAUGGAACGAAAAAGUAACGGAGAAUGAACUGAAAUGUGUGAAUCGACCUUUAAGAAUACAAUGGCAUAUAUACCGUUUAGUCUGUCUUUUGUAUCAAUCACAGACGGUACAGUCAAUAAUUACUGAACUAACAAUCGAUAUGUAUGUGGAGUGAAUAAACUUGUUCGUUUGAAAUUCUCUCGAUAACGAGUAAAUCGAACGUUUUAAUAAAAAUUUCCAUCAGUAUCGGUCGAUUAGCGAAGUAGUCGACUUAACCUCUAAACAGUAUGACGAAAGAAUUGCAUAAAAGUCUUAUAAAUUAUUUUACGCAUUUAAAGAAAUUAGACGAAAAAUGGUUGGAAUUAUUCACAUCUGCGGAAAGACCGUUGCAAGCUUUAAAAAAUCAAUGCGAACAAUUACAUUUUGUCUCGAGUGAAGAUGUCGAUAACGAAGAAAUCUGUAUGAUCGAUUACGCACGAGAAAAACUUAUUUUUAAAAUUUUCAUCGGAAUAGAAAAUGAAAUUUCCCUUUUACAAGAUAUAUUACAGCGUUUAAAUGACGCUAUUCAGGAUUUAAAAAAUCGACUAACAAAUUUAGAAAAAUCUCGGAGUAAUGUUUCGUUACAUGACGAAGAUAUGAAAGAUAUUGUAAAUGGAACACCUUAUAGGCCAAAAUUAAAUUUACUUUUAGAAUGGGCUAUCGAAGGCUUUCAAUAUUAUCACGAGUUAUAUCUUUCUAUUAAUAAAAGCAUGAAAGCGAUGGAUUAUAAAAAUGAAGAAUCAAUUGAUAAUUUUGCAGAUUCUUUUGUAGAAGAUCGUUACAAAAGAAUCAAAUUAAAUAGUAAGACUUUCAAUAUAAUUUUAUCUAAUAAUCUAACAUUUAUAUUAUAAGAUUAAUUUAUGACAUAUAUUUCAGGGAUACUAGCUUUUACUCAAUUUUUAAUAAUGGAAAAGAUUCAAUAAAUAUUAUUAAACAAUUUCUACUA